AUUGUGACGUAACCGACGCAGACGUCGCUCGCGAUGAACUUGUAACUUGUGACAGCCGACCCAGGUGGUAGCGGUGGACGGAGAUGAAACUUUGAAUAUUAAACAGUGAUGUUACUUGUUAAUCAAAAUCGCCCCUGAUUAGGUCUUGCUAUUACUGUUGAGAAAUUCUUUUCAAAUAAUCGUCCAGAUCAAGAGCAAUCUUUACCCAAGUGUCUGUUAUUUUGUUUUUGUUUCCGCCAACACACACACAUGACCGCAGAUUCUAUGCCAAUUCCACUCGGGUCUGCCUUUUCCUAACCUCCUCAUAGUACGCUGUGUUCGUAGCUUACAAAUACCUCUGGCAAGAUUUUGGCCUUCGGUGCCCGAUGUCGGAUGGAUUAGCUCAACUCUAACAAAAUUAUAACUCAUCUAAGGCACGCUGUAGUCUUCCUCAGUUUUCUCUCCACAUUUUCUAUCUUGAAAUUACUCGAUCUGCUUCUAUAUUUCAGAAAAAAAAAUGGUUAGGAGCACAGCUACGCAAAUGACGUUACUUUGAGGCUUGAAGAGUUUGAUUUUGAAGCUCUCGCGAUUACUCGAAUCAUGGAUUAUGAAUACAUACCCUUCAACAGAGAAAAGGAUAUCCAUAAUAAAUGUUGCAGCGGCAAAUUCUGGUGUAUCAAGGAUAUAUGCGGUAUUAUCUGUGCCUUGUUGACAUGGCUGCUGAUCAUUUACGCAGAGUUUGUGGUUAUGGCGGUUAUACUUAUUCCUAGCGUCAAUACGCUUUACGCUACCUUUAACAUGGCCAUAUUUCAGUCCCUAGCAAUUUUGGCCUUUGCCUCCCAUCUGAAAACGAUGUUCACGGAUCCGGGCGCAGUUCCAAAGGGCAACGCGACCAAGGAAAUGAUUCAACAAAUGGGAUUCAGGGAAGGACAAGUUAUAUUCAAAUGUCCGAAGUGCUGCUCUAUCAAACCGGAUAGGGCGCAUCAUUGCUCAGUUUGCCAGAGGUGCAUCAGGAAAAUGGAUCACCACUGUCCUUGGGUCAAUAAUUGCGUAGGGGAAAAUAACCAGAAAUAUUUUGUACUUUUUACCUUUUAUAUCGCUGGCAUCUCACUGCAGUCCUUGUUCUUGUGCGUUCAGCAAUUCACGACUUGUGUGAGACAAGAAUGGAGAGAAUGCUCUACUUUUAGUCCCCCUGCUACGGUUGUGCUACUUUUAUUUCUCACCUUCGAAGCGCUUCUGUUUGCAAUCUUCACUGCGGUAAUGCUCGGGACGCAACUUCAAGCCAUUUGGAAUGAUGAGACGGGAAUCGAGCAACUCAAAAAAGAAGAGGCACGCUGGGUUCGAAACAGUCGAUGGAAGUCGAUCCAGGCUGUAUUUGGUAGGUUUUCUAUUGCCUGGUUUUCGCCGUUCACGUCGCCGCCGAAUGCUAAGACAAAACUCGACUCUUAUUUGUAUUCAGUCUAACUUAUUAUAUUUCAAUUUGAGAUCAAUAAACCCCGCAUCAAUUUUUCAUCCAUA